GAACAGUGAAGAAGGAUGACCUUCAGCAGGUGAAUCCACCCAAGUUUGAGAUGACGGAUGACAUGGCCAACAUGACAUACCUGAAUGAAGCCUCUGUGCUUAACAACUUGAGGAGUAGAUAUUACAACGGAUUCAUUUACACAUACUCUGGUCUCUUCUGCGUCGCUGUGAACCCCUACCGUCGUCUGCCAAUUUAUCUGGACUCCAUCAUCUCUAAGUACCGUGGUAAGAGGAAGUUAGAAAUGCCACCCCAUUUGUUCUCCGUAGCUGACAAUGCUUUCCAGUUCAUGUUGCAAGAUCGUGAAAACCAGUCAAUGUUGAUCACCGGUGAAUCUGGAGCUGGUAAGACUGAGAACACGAAGAAAGUAAUCAUGUACUUCGCCAAGGUGGCCGCUCAACUCCAGAAACAGACGGAGGAAGAGAAGGCAGCCGCCGCAGCCUCCAAGAAGGGUACCCUUGAAGACCAGAUUGUGCAGGCUAACCCAGUACUUGAGGCUUACGGUAACGCCAAGACAACCCGUAACAACAACUCCUCUAGAUUCGGUAAAUUUAUCCGUAUCCACUUUGGUCCUACUGGAAAAAUCGCUGGAGCCGAUAUCGAGACUUACCUGCUAGAGAAGUCUCGUGUAACUUACCAACAAUCGGCUGAGCGAAACUACCACAUCUUCUACCAGAUUAUGACAGACGUAUAUCCAAAAUACCAUGAGAUGUGUUUGAUUCAGCCUGAUGCGGGUCUCUACUCUUUCAUCAAUCAAGGUGUACUAACAGUGGACGGCAUCGACGACAAUGAAGAAAUGAAACUCACUGAUGAAGCCUACGAUGUGUUGGGCUUCACCCAGGACGAGAAGAACAGCUUGUACAAGAUCACUUCCGCCAUUGUCCAUGCUGGUGAGAUGAAAUGGAAGCAGCAUCCAAGAGAAGAACAGGCGGAAGCCGAUGGCACUGCUGAGGCUGAAAAGGUCGCAUUCCUGCUUGGUGUCAACAGUGGUGACCUUUUGAAGGGCUUCUUGAAACCAAAGAUCAAGGUCGGUACGGAAUUCGUCACACAGGGCAGAAAUAAAGAUCAAGUAGUAUAUUCGGUCAGUGCCAUGGCCAAAUCUACCUACGCCCGCAUGUUCGACUGGCUGGUCAAGAGAGUAAACUUAACCCUUGACACAAAAGCGAAGAGGAAUUACUACAUUGGUGUGUUGGAUAUUGCCGGUUUCGAAAUUUUUGACUUCAACAGUUUUGAGCAAUUGUGUAUCAAUUACACCAAUGAGAGACUCCAGCAGUUCUUCAACCACCACAUGUUCGUACUGGAACAGGAAGAAUACAAGAAGGAAGGUAUCCAGUGGGAGUUCAUUGACUUUGGUAUGGACUUGCAAGCUUGUAUUGACCUUAUCGAAAAGCCCAUGGGUAUUUUGUCCAUUCUUGAAGAAGAAUGCAUGUUCCCGAAGGCCUCAGACAAAACCUUUGAGGAAAAACUGAUGAUCAACCAUUUGGGCAAAACCAAGAAUUUCACGAAACCAGUGAAGAGCCGAAAGGGAGGUGCGAAUGCCCACUUUGAGUUAGGCCAUUACGCUGGAGCUGUACCCUACAACAUUACUAACUGGCUUGAAAAGAACAAAGAUCCAGUUAACGAAACUGUUGUCGGCAUCUUGUCCGAGUCUAAGGAAGCACUUGUUGGCACACUGUUCGCACAGCCUGCUGCACCCGAAGGCGGUGGUGGUAAGAAGAAGGGCAAAUCAUCUGCUUUCCAGACCAUUUCUUCUACACACAGAGAAUCUCUGAACAAGCUGAUGAAGAACUUGUACACCACCCAUCCUCACUUUGUACGUUGCAUCAUUCCAAACGAGACAAAGUCCCCAGGUGUCAUCGAUGCCGCCCUUGUUCUCAACCAGCUCCAGUGUAACGGUGUACUUGAAGGUAUCCGUAUCUGCAGAAAGGGCUUCCCAAGCAGAGUCCUCUACGGUGAAUUUAAACAGAGAUACUCUAUCUUGGCUCCAAAUGCUAUUCCACAAGGAUUUGUUGAUGGCAAACAUGUCACCGAAAAGAUUUUGGAAGCGCUCCAGAUGGACCCUAAUGAGUACAAAAUUGGUAACACCAAAGUAUUCUUCAAAGCUGGUGUAUUGGGUAUGCUUGAAGACAUGCGUGAUGAACGUCUCUCUAAAAUUGUUUCCCUCUUCCAGGCCCAUAUCAGAGGUUACCUCAUGCGCAAACAGUACAAGAAACUUCAGGACCAGAGAACCGGUCUGUCCCGCAUUCAGAGGAAUAUCCGUAAGUACAUGGUGUUGAAGAAUUGGCAAUGGUGGAAACUGUACACAAAGGUGAAGCCACUGCUUAGUGCUGCUCGUGCUGAGGAUGAAAUGAAACAGAUGGAAGAAGAAUUCAAAAAAUGCAAAGAAGAACUUGCUAAAGUUGAGAAAAUAAAGAAAGAACUAGAGGAACAAAAUGUUGAUUUACGAAGACAAAAAGAUGACAUGUACUUCCAGCUCCAAGCAGAGCAAGAUACCAUGGGAGAAUAUGAAGAAAAAAUGGAGAAUCUAAUAAAGAGUAAGGCUGAAUACGAAUCGCAGAUAAAGGAACUUGAAGAAAGGUGUAUGGAUGAAGAGGAGGCUGCCGCUGAACUUCAGUCCGUCAAGAAAAGGAUGGAAGAGGAGGCUGACAAAUUGAAGUCAAAUAUCUCAGAGCUUGAGGGCACUCUUGCAAAGGCUGAACAAGAUAAAACAACUAAAGACAAUCAAAUAAGAACACUCCAGGGUGAAAUGGCACAGCAAGAUGAACAGAUAGGUAAACUGAACAAGGACAAAAAGAAUUUAGAAGACAAUCUGAAGAAAACCCAAGACUCCCUUGCAGCAGAGGAAGAUAAAGUCAAUCAUCUCAACAAAGUUAAACAAAAGCUCGAGUCAACUCUUGAUGAGAUGGAGGAUAGUUUAGAACGUGAAAAGAAGGUCCGCGCUGAUGUUGAGAAGGCCAAGAGAAAGGUAGAACUUGAUCUCAAAUCUACACAGGAAGCUGUGGAGGAACUUGAGCGUGUCAGGGCCGACCUUGAAGGCAAUGUCAAGAAGAAGGACGCUGAAAUCAAAUCUCUCAAUUCUAAACUAGAAGAUGAGCAGAAUCUUGUUGCACAACUUCAAAGAAAGAUUAAGGAACUUCAGGCUAGAAUUGAAGAACUCGAGGAAGAACUCGAAGCAGAGAGACAAGCCAGAUCAAAGGUAGAGAAACAGAGAACUGAACUCAGCCGCGAGCUCGAAGACCUCAGUGAACGUCUCGACGAAGCUGGUGGUGCCACUGCCGCUCAGGUUGAAUUGAACAAGAAACGGGAAGCUGAACUUCUGAAGCUUCGCCGUGAUCUGGAGGAGCAGGCUCUCCAAUCUGAGUCUCAGAUCGCAUCUCUGCGCAAAAAGGCAAAUGAUGCCGCAAAUGAGAUGGCAGACCAGGUCGAUCAACUUACAAAGACUAAACAGAGAGUUGAAAAGGAAAAGAUGCAGCUUAAAGGCGAAAUUGAAGAUCUUCACGCACAAAUAGAGCAUGUUUCUAAAAAUAGAGGCAUGUCCGAAAAAAUGUCCAAACAAGUUGAGGCCCAGAUCUCAGACCUCAAUGGUCAGUUAGAAGAAAGUCAGCGAAAUAUACAGGAGCUCAAUUCAUCCAAGGCCAGACUGCAGAACGAAAAUGCAGACCUCAGCCGCCAGCUCGAGGAUGCCGAGAGUCGAUCAAACCAGCUCGCUAGAGAGAAAUCUAACCUCGUAUCGCAGCUUGAUGAAGCCAGGCGCACUCUUGAAGACGAGAGUAGGGCUCGUCAGAAACUUAGCACUGAAAUCAGAAACCUCCAAGCUGACCUUGACGCUCUCCGUGAGCAGCUCGAGGAGGAAUCGGAAGCAAAGGCUGAUAUGCAGAGACAACUUUCCAGAGCAAACGCCGAGGCUCAGUCUUGGCGCGUCAAGUACGAGAGCGAAGGCCUGGCUCGUGCUGACGAACUUGAGGAGGCUAAACGCAAGCUGCAAGCCAAACUUCAAGAAAUGGAAGCAACACUCGAUACAGCUAAUACCAAGAUUAAUAACCUGGAAAAGACCAAGUCAAGAUUGCAAGGAGAGCUCGAGGAUGCUGUAAUAAACGUAGACAGAGCCAAUGCAACUGUCAAUCAACUUGAAAAGAGAAACCGAUCAUUCGAUAAAACAGUUGCUGAGUGGCAAGCUAAGGUUCGCACACUACAGGGUGAAUUUGACAGUGUACAAAAGGAGUCUCGUAGUUAUUCUGCUGAACUUUACCGCAUGAAAAUUCAGUAUGAAGAAUCAGGCGACACCAUCGAGUCUCUGAAGAGAGAAAACAAAAAUUUGGCUGACGAAAUCCACGACAUGAACGAUCAGAUGAACGAGGCUGGAAGAUCCAUACAUGAACAUGACAAGGCGCGUCGUCGUCUUGAAAUGGAAAAGGAGGAGCUUCAAGCUGCUCUGGAAGAGGCAGAGGGUGCCCUAGAACAAGAAGAAAGCAAAGUAGCACGUGCUCAGCUCGAGAUUACAACUGUUCGAACAGAAAUUGACAGACGCAUUGCCGAAAAGGAGGAAGAGUUUGAGAACACACGACGAAAUCACCAAAGAGCUCUUGAUUCCGUAAAUGCAAGUCUGGAAGCGGAAGCUAAAGGAAAACAAGAGGCCCUCAAAAUCCGCAAGAAACUGGAAUCAGACAUAAAUGAACUUGAAGCAUCGCUCGAUGUUAGUAAUAGAUCUAGAGCAGAUGCAGAAAAGAAUUCUAAGAGAUAUCAGGAGAUGCUUAGGGAAAUGCAGUCAGCUAUAGAAGAUGAACAGCGAAAAGCCAACGAAGCCCGCGAAGCUUAUGAAAUGGCAGAGAGACGUACAAACGCCGUUCAAAUUGAAUGCGAAGAAAUCAGAUCUGCCCUGGAGUCUGCAGAAAGAGCACGCAAAACGACCGAGAAUGAGCUUGUGGAGACCGCAGAUCGUGUAAACGAGCUCGCAGCUAGCCUUCAGAGUGUAGGUAGCCAGAAAAGAAAGCUUGAAGGUGACAUUAGCGCAAUGCAGGCUGACCUGGACGAAAUGAACGGUGAAGUACGAUCUGCGGAAGAAAAGGCAAAGAAGGCAGUUUUAGAUGCUCAGCGUUUAGCUGAUGAACUUCGUUCCGAGAAAGACCAUAGUUCAUCAAUCGAAAAGAUGAGGCAUGCUUUGGAGUCUCAAGUGAAGGAACUCACCGUACGCCUUGAUGAAGCAGAGGCAUCUGCUUUGAGAGGGGGAAAGAAGGUCCUUGCAAAACUUGAAACUAGGAUCCAACAGUUGGAGUCUGAAUAUGAGGCAGAACAGAGGCGUCAUGCUGAAACACAGAAAAAUGCCCGCAAGGCUGAUCGUCGUCUCAAGGAACUCGCUUUCCAAGCUGAUGAAGACAGGAAGAACCAGGAAAGAUUACAGGAUCUUAUCGACAAACUUCAAGGCAAAAUCAAGACAUACAAGCGCCAGUCUGAAGAAGCUGAGGAAGUAGCAGCAAUAAACCUCGCCAAGUUCCGGAAGGUGGCCGAAGAGCUCGAGGAUGCAGAGUCACGUGCUGAUUCCGCUGAAAACAUGCUGCAAAAGGUUCGAGUUCAGAAUCGCAGCAGUAUGUCAACAGCUCGCAGCACCACUGUUGUAAGAAUCCCGAUUGUACCCAUUAACCCUAUCUUGCCGUCCAGUGGGGGUGAUGACAACAACUCAUGGAGUCCGCAGUUUAGCCAGUGUCUUCCGAAACUAGGAUUUGUGAGAGAGAGGAGACUAGGACUUGUGACAGAGAGGAGACUAGGACUUGUGACAAACAGGAAACUAGGAUUUGUGAGAGAGAGGAGACUAGGACUUGUGACAGAGAGGAGACUAGGACUUGUGACAAACAGGAAACUCGGGCUUGUGACAGAGAGGAGACUAGGACUUGUGACAGAGAGGAGACUAGGACUUGUGACAAACAGGAAACUAGGAUUUGUGAGAGAGAGGAGACUAGGACUUGUGACAAACAGGAAACUCGGGCUUGUGACAGAGAGGAGACUAGGACUUGUGACAGAGAGGAGACUAGGACUUGUGACAAACAGGAAACUAGGAUUUGUGACAGAGAGGAGACUUGGACUUGUGACAGAGAGGAGACUAGGAUUUGUGAGAGAGAGGAGACUAGGACUUGUGACAAACAGGAAACUCGGGCUUGUGACAGAGAGGAGACUUGGACUUGUGACAAACAGGAAACUAGGAUUUGUGAGAGAGAGGAGACUAGGACUUGUGACAGAGAGGAGACUAGGACUUGUGACAAACAGGAAACUAGGAUUUGUGACAGAGAGGAGACUAGGACUUGUGACAGAGAGGAGACUAGGACUUGUGACAAACAGGAAACUCGGGAAACUAGGAUUUGUGAGAGAGAGGAGACUAGGACUUGUGACAGAGAGGAGACUAGGACUUGUGACAAACAGGAAACUAGGAUUUGUGAGAGAGAGGAGACUAGGACUUGUGACAGAGAGGAGACUAGGACUUGUGACAAACAGGAAACUCGGGCUUGUGACAGAGAGGAGACUAGGACUUGUGACAGAGAGGAGACUAGGACUUGUGACAAACAGGAAACUAGGAUUUGUGAGAGAGAGGAGACUAGGACUUGUGACAAACAGGAAACUCGGGCUUGUGACAGAGAGGAGACUAGGACUUGUGACAGAGAGGAGACUAGGACUUGUGACAAACAGGAUACUCGGGCUUGUGACAGAGAGGAGACUAGGACUUGUGACAAACAGGAAACUAGGACUUGUGACAGAGAGGAGACUAGGACUUGUGACAGAGAGGAGACUAGGACUGGUGACAAACAGGAAACUAGGACUUGUGACAGAGAGGAGACUAGGACUUGUGACAAACAGGAAACUAGGAUUUGUGAGAGAGUGGAGUCUAGGAUUUGUGACAGAGAGGAGACUAGGACUGGUGACAGACAGGAGACUAGGACUUGUGACAGAGAGGAGACUAGGACUUGUGACAGACCGGAGACUAGGACUUGUGACAAACAGGAAACUCGGGCUUGUGACAGAGAGGAGACUAGGACUUGUGACAGACCGGAGACCUGGACUUGUGACAGAACGGAGACUAGGACUUGUGACAAACAGGAAACUAGGACUUGUGACAGACCGGAGACUAGGACUUGUGACAAACAGGAAACUAGGCCUUAUGACAGAGAGGAGAUUAGGACUUGUGACAGAGAGGAGACUUGGACUUAUGAUAGACAGGAGACCAGGACUUGUGACAGAGAGGAGACCAGGAUUUGUAAGAGAGAGGAUACUAGGACUUGAAGUUUCUUUUUCGAUUGUUUUGUUAGUGUUCGCAGUCAUGGCGACGGACUGGUCAGCGGACCCGGACUUCAAGUACCUGGCGGUGGACCGUAAGAAGUUGAUGAAAGAGCAGCUCCCUUACGACGGCAAGAAAGCUUGUUGGAUCCCCGAUGAAAAGGAAGGCUUCGCUCGCGCAGAAAUUGUCUCGUCCAAAGGCGAAGAAAUCACUGUUAAAAUCCUGAGUUCCAGCCAGAACGCCACGGUGAAGAAAAAUGACCUUCAGCAGGUGAAUCCCCCCAAGUUUGAGAUGACGGAUGACAUGGCCAACAUGACAUACCUGAAUGAAGCCUCUGUGCUUAACAACUUGAGGAGUAGAUAUUACAACGGAUUCAUUUACACUUACUCGGGUCUCUUCUGCGUCGCUGUGAACCCCUACCGUCGUCUGCCAAUUUAUCUGGACUCUAUCAUAUCUAAGUACCGUGGUAAGAGGAAGUUAGAAAUGCCACCCCAUUUGUUCUCCGUGUCUGACAAUGCUUUCCAGUUCAUGUUGCAAGAUCGUGAAAACCAGUCAAUGUUGAUCACUGGUGAAUCUGGAGCCGGUAAGACUGAGAACACGAAGAAAGUAAUCAUGUACUUCGCUAAGGUGGCCGCUCAACUCCAGAAACAGACAGAGGAAGAGAAGGCAGCCGCCGCAGCCUCCAAGAAGGGUACUCUUGAAGACCAGAUUGUACAGGCUAACCCUGUACUUGAGGCUUACGGUAACGCCAAGACAACCCGUAACAACAACUCCUCCAGAUUCGGUAAAUUUAUCCGUAUCCACUUCGGUCCAAAUGGAAAAAUCGCAGGAGCCGAUAUCGAGACUUACCUGUUGGAAAAGUCUCGUGUAACAUACCAACAGUCGGCUGAAAGAAACUACCACAUCUUCUAUCAGAUGCUGACUUCUGCUUUUCCAAAAUAUCACGAGAUGUGCUUGGUUCAGCCUGAUGCAGGUCUCUACUCUUUCAUCAAUCAAGGUGUAUUAACUGUGGAUGGCAUUGAUGACGUCGAAGAAAUGAAACUCACUGAUGAUGCCUACGAUGUCUUGGGUUUCACCCAGGACGAGAAGAAUAGCUUGUACAAGAUCACUGCCGCCAUUUUACAUGCUGGUGAGAUGAAAUGGAAGCAGCACCCAAGAGAGGAACAGGCGGAAGCCGAUGGCACUGCUGAGGCCGAAAAGGUGGCUUUCUUGCUUGGUGUUAACAGUGGUGAUUUGCUCAAGGGCUUCUUGAAACCAAAGAUCAAGGUCGGUACGGAAUUCGUCACACAGGGCAGAAAUAAAGAUCAAGUAAACUAUUCGGUCAGUGCCAUGUCCAAAUCUACCUAUGCCCGCAUGUUUGACUGGCUGGUGAAGAGAGUAAACUUAACCCUUGACACAAAAGCGAAGAGGAAUUACUACAUUGGUGUGUUGGAUAUUGCCGGUUUCGAAAUUUUUGACUUCAACAGUUUUGAGCAAUUGUGUAUCAACUACACCAAUGAGAGACUCCAGCAGUUCUUCAACCAUCACAUGUUCGUACUGGAACAGGAAGAAUACAAGAAAGAAGGUAUCCAGUGGGAGUUCAUUGACUUUGGUAUGGACUUGCAAGCCUGUAUUGAUCUCAUUGAAAAGCCCAUGGGUAUUUUGUCCAUUCUUGAAGAAGAAUGCAUGUUCCCGAAGGCCUCAGACAAAACCUUCGAGGAAAAACUUAUGAUCAACCAUUUGGGCAAAACCAAGAAUUUCACGAAACCAGUGAAGAGUCGAAAGGGAGGUGCGAAUGCCCACUUUGAGUUGGGACAUUAUGCUGGUGCUGUACCAUACAACAUCUCUAACUGGCUUGAGAAGAACAAAGAUCCAAUCAACGAGACUGUUGUCGGUAUAUUGUCCGAGUCUAAGGAGGCGCUUGUUGCCUCCCUGUUCGCUUCACCAGCAGCAGCCGAAGGUGGCGGUGGUAAGAAGAAGGGAAAAUCGUCUGCUUUCCAGACCAUUUCUGCUGUUCACAGAGAAUCUCUGAACAAGCUGAUGAAGAACUUGUACACAACCCACCCUCACUUUGUACGUUGCAUCAUUCCAAACGAGACAAAGUCCCCAGGUGUCAUCGAUGCCGCCCUUGUACUCAACCAGCUCCAGUGUAACGGUGUACUUGAAGGUAUCCGUAUCUGCAGAAAGGGCUUCCCAAGCAGAGUUGUCUACGGUGAAUUUAAACAGAGAUACUCCAUUUUGGCUCCGAAUGCAAUUCCUCAAGGAUUUGUUGAAGGCAAACUGGUUACGGAAAAGAUUUUGGAAUCUCUACAAAUGGAUACAAAUGACUACAAAAUUGGUAACACCAAAGUAUUCUUCAAAGCUGGUGUAUUGGGUAUGCUUGAAGACAUGCGUGAUGAACGUCUCUCUAAAAUUGUCUCCCUCUUCCAGGCCCAUAUCAGAGGUUACCUCAUGCGCAAACAGUACAAGAAACUUGGAGACCAGAGAACCGGUCUGUCCAGAAUUCAGAGGAAUAUCCGUAAGUACAUGGUGUUGAAGAAUUGGCAAUGGUGGAAACUGUACACAAAGGUGAAGCCACUGCUUAGUGCUGCUCGUGCUGAGGAUGAAAUGAAACAGAUGGAAGAAGAGUUCAAAAAAUGCAAGGAAGAACUCGCUAAACUUGAAAAGAAAAAGAAAGAACUGGAAGAACAAAAUGUCGAACUACGAAGACAAAAGGAUGAUAUGUUUUACCAAAUGCAGGCUGAACAAGAUACUAUGGGUGACUAUGAAGAAAAGAUGGAAACUCUAAUUAAAGAGAAAGCUGAAUACCAGGCUCAGAUAAAAGAACUUGAAGAAAGGUGUUUGGAAGACGAAGACGCCGCGGCUGAAAUGCAAGCAAUAAGGCAAAAGUUGGAAGAAGAGGGAGAACAACUCAGGUCUACCAUUACAGGUCUAGAAGGCUCUCUAGCAAAAGCAGAACACGACAAAACAACUAAAGACAACCAAAUUAGAACUCUUCAGAGUGAAAUGGCUCAACAAGAUGAACAGAUCGGUAAAUUAAACAAAGAAAAAAAGAACCUUGAAGAGAAUCUGAAGAAAACGGAGAACGCCCUUGCUGCAGAGGAAGAUAAAGUAAACAAUCUAAAUAAACUUAAACAGAAGCUGGAAUCCACCCUUGAUGAGAUUGAGGACAAUCUGGAACGUGAAAAGAAGAUUCGCGCUGAUGUAGAGAAGGCAAAGAGGAAACUUGAGCUUGAUCUUAAAUCAACACAAGAUACUGUUGAGGAACUUGAGCGAGUCAAGGCUGACCUUGAAGGCAAUGUCAAGAAGAAGGAGGCUGACAUUAAAACUUUAAGUUCAAAACUUGAGGAUGAGCAGAACCUGGUUGCCCAGCUUCAGAGAAAGAUCAAGGAACUUCAGGCUCGCAUUGAGGAGCUUGAGGAGGAGCUUCAAAACGAAAGACAGGCUAGAUCUAAGGUAGAGAAACAGAGAGCUGAACUCAAUCGCGAGCUCCAAGACCUCACUGAACGUCUCGAAGAUGCUGGUACAGCCACUGCCGCUCAGGUUGAGGUGAACAAGAAGCGUGAAGCUGAACUACUCAAGCUUCAUCGUGACCUGGAGGAGCAGACUCUUCAGUCUGAGUCACAGAUCGCUGCACUGCGUAAGAAAGCUAACGACACGGCUAACACAAUGUCAGCCCAGGUCGAUCAACUUACAAAAACCAAACAGAGAGUCGAAAAGGAAAAAGUGCUGCUCAAGACUGAAAUCGAAGACCUCCAUGUACAAAUAGAACAUGUAUCUAAAACUAGAGGCAUGUCCGAGAAAAUGUCAAAACAGGUUGAAGCCCAGAUCUCAGAUCUCAAUGCUCAGCUUGAAGAAAGUAAAAACAGCGUCCAGGAAAUAAGUACGUCCAAGGUUAGACUACAGAACGAGAAUUCGGACCUUACUCGCCAGUUGGAAGAUGCCGAAAUCCGAUUGAAUCAACUUUCCAGAGAAAAGCACAACCUUAUCACACAACUUGAGGAGGCUAGACAUUGUCUCGACGACGAGACCAGGCUUCGUCAAAAAUAUUCCACUGAAGCCAGAAAACUGCAGGCCGACAUUGAAACCCUCCGUGAGCAGUUUGAAGAGGAUUCUGAAGCCAAGGCUGACUUGCAGAAACAACUUUCCAGAGCAAAUCUUGAGGCUCAGUCUUGGCGCGUCAAAUAUGAGACGGAUGGUUUAGCACGUGCCGAUGAACUUGAAGACGCAAAACGCAAGCUUCAGGUUAGACUUCAAGAGGUGGAGGGUUCGCUGGAGACGGCAAAUACCAAAGUAAAUAGCCUUGAAAAGAUCAAAUCUAGACUUCAGGUAGAACUUGAUGAUGCUGUUGUCAAUUAUGAAAGAGCUAAUGCAACUGUAACACAACUAGAAAAGAGAAGCCGAUCCUUCGACAAAGUAGUUGCUGAAUGGCAAGCUAAGGUCCAAAACCUGCAAAGCGAAUUCGAUAGUGUACAAAGUGAGUCUCGCGGCUAUUCAGCUGAGGUGUUCCGUCUCACAAGCCAGCUCGUAGAAUCAAGUGAUAACAAUGACACUCUGAAGAGGGAAAACAAAACUUUGGCUGGUGAAAUUCAUGACUUAAAUAAUCAGAUUAGUGAUCUUGGAAGAAUUGUACAUGAGCAUGACAAAGCUCGCCGUCGUCUUGAAAUGGAAAAGGAAGAACUUCAAACGGCCCUGGAAGAAGCUGACAGUGCUCUUGAACAAGAAGAAGCCAAGUUUGCCCGCGUUCAGCUCGAGAUCGUCUCUGUUAGACAAGAAAUUGACAAACGCAUUGCCGAAAAAGAGGAAGAGUUUGAGAAUACAAGACGUAAUCAUCAAAGGUCCCUUGAUUCAGCGAAUGCUAGUCUUGAAGCAGAAACCAAGGCAAAGGUAGAAGCUUUGAGAAUACGCAAGAAGCUUGAACAGGACAUUAAUGAACUCGAAGCCUCUCUCGACGUUAGCAAUCGUUCCAGGGCUGACGCUGAGAAAAAUGUCAAGAGAUAUCAGGAGAUGCUGAGGGGAAUGCAGGGCACUAUCGAGGAGGAGCAACGCAAGGUCAGAGAAGCACAUGAAGCUUUUGAUAUUGCCGAAAGACGAGCACGCGCUGUUCAGGUUGAAUGUGAAGAGAUUCGAUCGGCACUUGAGUCUGCUGAGAGAGCGCACAAGGUUGUAGAAGGUGAACUUGUUGAAACAUCAGAUCGUGUAUCCGAGUUAACUGCUAUUGUUCAGUCGCUUGAAAAUCACAAAAAGAAGUCUGAAGGUGACUUUGCGGCCAUGCAAACUGACUUAGACGAGAUGAGCAAUGAAGUGAGAUCAGCAGACGAGAGAGCUAAGAAGGCUAACCUUGAUUUCCAACGUUUAGCCGAUGAGCUUCGUACUGAAAAAGAACGCUCUUCAGCACUUGAAAAGGUUAAACAUGCUCUUGAUUCUCAAGUGAAGGAGCUUACAGGCCGCCUUGAUGAGGCAGAAUCAGCAGCUUUAAAUGCAGGAAAGAAGGCUGUAUCGAAACUCGAACUGAGGAUUCAACAGCUGGAAUCUGAAUAUGACGCAGAACAAAAGCGCCACGUGGAGACACAGAAGAAUGCCCGCAAGGCUGACCGCCGUCUUAAGGAGCUUGCUUUCCAGGUUGAUGAAGAUAGGAAACACUCGGAAAUAUUGCAGGAUCUAGUUGAUAAACUACAGGCAAAGAUCAAGAUAUACAAGCGACAAGCUGAAGAGGCUGAAGAGGUGGCCGCCGUUAAUCUCGCCAAGUUCCGCAAGGUGAACGAUGAACUCGAGGAUGCGGAGUCACGUGCUGAUUCAGCAGAGAACAUGCUCGCGAAGGCCCGAGUGCAGAGUCGCUGUAUGUCGGCAGCCCAGAGCAGCAGCACUACUGUUAUAAAGUCGACAUUUACAAGUGCUGAAAUCUAAGCAAUUGACUCAGCGUGAGGAAAUGUUAUUGCAGUCCUUGCCUUAACCAUAUACCUACUCGUCCAGUGGGGGUGAUGAAAUCUAUCGGGAGUAACGAGUUACCCAGUUUCUCAAAUUUCCAGCAAAGUGUGUCGUCUUCUCAUUUCAGUUUCUCCGAUAAACAUUGUAUUUAUUAAAAGGCUUGAUUAAAAUGUAUAUGUCAGUAAGGAAGGAUCACUAAAAGUUUGUGAAGACAAUUCUAUACCUAGGCGUGAACACCUUUAAAACAAAUCAACGUCAUCUGGAAUAAUCAGAUUUGCAAUUUUGAUAUGUUACAGAAUAUGUUACCUAAUGUAUAUAGAUUUGAUAAGGACAUUUCAAACGACUAUAAACCUCGUUCUCGUGUAUGAACCCUCAAUGGACGUCGAUGUCUUUUAUACGUCUUUCUUAAAACUGAAAAUUUGACAGUCUUACCCUCGCUACUGUUUGUUGCCUUUAUUAGUGACAAUGUUACAUUGAAUGUAACAGUUAUGUCUUCCACCAAUUUGUAAACAAUAAAAUGUAAUGAAAAUAA